GAGCAACUAAUAUGGCGGCGCCCAUCUGAGGCACAGAAAAGGGAGGUGGGUGGGACUGAGAAGCCAGGUCUCAGGCUGCUUCUUCCUUCUCCUCGGUUUCCCUGACUCUGAGGCAGCUGUGUGAGGGCUGGCAAAGGCUGUCAUUUUAAUUACAGUUGACUUUUUUUUUAAAACAGGCUUCCUGAAAUAUUCUGCAGAAUGUGGCUCCUUUACCACAGAAUUUUUACAUGUCCUGUAUGCUGGAGGAAACAGUUAAAUCGAGUAGUGGGCCCAACAAAAUGGCAGAAGACGAUCGUUCCAAAUUGUACCAGAACUAUUUAUAGUGAAACAGGGAACUGGGAAAAAAAAUAUGGAUUGGAGACUAGGAAAAAAGUUGAAAACUGGUGGCAUUCAAGAAUAAAAGAAGAGUUCAAGAAAACUGCCGAAAUAGAUAAAUCAAGACCAAAGUUUUAUGUUCUGUCAAUGUUUCCAUACCCUUCUGGAAAACUUCACAUGGGUCACGUUCGAGUCUACACCAUCAGUGAUACAAUCGCACGGUUUCAGAAAAUGAGAGGAUUGCAGGUGAUAAAUCCAAUGGGAUGGGAUGCGUUUGGAUUACCUGCAGAGAAUGCAGCAAUUGAACAUGGAUUGCAUCCAGCAAACUGGACAGAAAGUAACAUUCAACACAUGCAGGACCAGCUUGAUGCCUUAGGUCUCUCUUUUAGCUGGGAUCGGGAAAUAACCACUUGUUUCCCAGACUACUAUAAGUGGACACAGUAUCUUUUUAUUAAACUUUAUGAAGCUGGAUUAGUCUAUCAAAAUGAAGCAAUGGUUAAUUGGGACCCCGUGGACCAGACUGUUCUUGCAAAUGAACAGGUAGAUGAAAAUGGCUGUUCAUGGCGUUCAGGAGCAAAAGUGGAAAAGAAGUACCUCAAACAGUGGUUCAUUAAAACAUCUGCCUAUGCAAAGUCCUUGCUUGAUGGCCUGUCAGACCUCCCAAAGUGGUAUGGAAUAAAGGAAAUGCAAGCCAAUUGGCUAGGAGACUGCACUGGAUCCCACUUUGAGUUUAUUUUAAAGGUUAAUAACGAAUCAACGGGAGAGACAAUAGCAGCCUAUGCAUAUGCACCUGAAGCCAUAUAUGGCAUGUCCCACAUACACAUCUUACCUAGCCAUAGACUGUUACAUGGAAAUAACAGUCUAAAAGAAGCCUUCCAGAAGGAUUUGGUGCCAGGCAAAGACACUCUUACCUCAGUGACAGCUGUGAGCUUGCUUACCAGUCAGGAAAUCCCUGUAGUCAUAUCAGCAAAAUCAGAGUUUGAAGGCUACCUUGAUGCUAAAAUUGGAAUCCCUUGUACUGGACCAGAUGAUGCUGAAAUUGCUAGGAAUUUGGGCCUUUCAUUUGAAGAAGUUAUUGAAACUCUAUCAGAUGGCUCACAGAGACUGAUCAACUCUGGAGAGUUCACAGGUAUGAGCAGAAAACAAGCAUUAAAUGCCAUCACGGAAAAAGCCAGAAAUAAAAGAGUAGGGGGAUACCUAACAAGCAAUAAGUUAAAAGAUUGGCUGAUCUCCCGACAGCGUUAUUGGGGGACACCUAUUCCAAUAAUUCAUUGCCAGUCCUGUGGUCCUGUGCCUGUGCCAUACCAGGACUUACCUGUGCAGUUGCCCAAGAUAACAUCCUUUACAGGCAAGGGUGGCUCACCAUUAGCUUCAAUUUCACAUUGGGUCAACUGCACAUGUCCAAGAUGCAAGAAACCUGCAAGGAGAGAAACAGAUACCAUGGAUACAUUUGUUGAUUCAGCUUGGUAUUAUUUCAGAUAUACUGAUCCCCAUAACUCUAUGAAGCCUUUUGACAAAGACUUGGCAGAUCAUUGGAUGCCUGUGGAUCUGUACAUUGGAGGAAAAGAACAUGCAGUGAUGCAUUUGUACUAUGCCAGAUUCUUCUGCCAUUUUUGCCAUGAUCAGAAGAUGACUAAACACAGAGAGCCUUUUCAUAAGCUCCUAGUCCAAGGCCUUAUCAAGAAUCGAACAUUCAGGCUAGCGACAACUGGGAAAUAUUUGAAGAGAGGAGAAGUGGAUCUUACUGGUCCUGAACCUGUUCACCUUAAAACCAAAGAGAAGCUCCAAGUGAUGUGGGAAAAAAUGAGUAAAUCUAAGCACAAUGGUAUAGAACCCAAAGAAAUGGUCCAGCAGUAUGGAAUUGAUACAGUCCGACUCUACAUCCUAUUUGCUGCACCUCCAGAGCAAGACAUCUUGUGGGAUGCAAAGACUGAUGCCAUCCCUGGGGUGCAACGAUGGCAAUCUCGCCUCUGGCACUUAGCAACCAAAUUUAUUGAAGCCAGGAAUUCUGGAACUCAGCCCAGUCUUCAGAUGCUGAAUCAGAAAGAGAAAGCUGAAGCCAAACAUAUCUGGAAGCAGAAGAACCAUGUGGUCUCAGAGGUGACAGAAUACUUUUUGGAAGAUUAUACGUUUAAUGCUGCAAUUUCUCAACUAAUGGGCCUCAGUAACGUGUUGUCACAAGCAUCCAAGAAAGUUACUCUCCACAGUGCAGAAUUUGAGGAUGCUCUUGCUACACUGUUUGUUAUGCUUGCCCCAAUGGCACCACACAUCAGUUCUGAGAUCUGGAAAGGUUUAUCUCAUGUUCAGAACAAACUUUGUAGUCAUCACCGUUGGGACAUGGAAGUACUACAGCAGUCCUGGCCUACUGUGGACCCAGAAUACAUUCAGCAGCCAGAUAUAGUAGAAGUGUCUGUUCUGAUUAACAACAAGCCCUGUGGUAAAGUUGGGGUGCCUCAGCAAGUAGCCCGAGAUGCAGAAACAGUCCGUGAACUGGUUGUUCAAAGUGAGCUGGGGAAUGAAUAUCUUCAAGGACGUACAAUUACAAAGUUCUUUUUGUCUCCUCGAACUGCCCUCGUCAACUUCCUCAUUCAGGAGUAGGAGGCAGAGAAAUUUCUGAAACAGUCUAUUUAACAUAUCCAGAUGAAAUUCAUCAAAAAAAUUUUUUUUAUUUUGUCAGACUUGGUGGCACAGAGCUACAGAAAGAGCCGGGGAAGGGAGGGGCACAGCUGUAGGGAUAUGUUCUCAUAAAGAGAGACCCUACUUAGAGGAGACAUGCUGACUGAGGAGAUCUGAACAGUUCCAGAGAUUGAUAAUGUGCGUCCAUAUUCUCAGUCUACAUAUUUGUUCAUUCACAUAGGUAGAGUGUUGUGUGUCUCCUCUAUUACCACUUUACAUAACAAUGAAAAAACAUUUAAUGCAUUAGGAUUGUGCAUACUUUCUCAUUAAGAAUGGAAGCCACCCAAUUGUAUUGUCCUACUUGAACAAAGAUUGGGCAGAGGAAUGAAGGGAAUAGAAGACUAAAUAAGAAAGAACUAAUACAAGCAUUUCUCUGGAGAUCAUGUACAAAAAGACUUUUUACCCAAGUUGCCAGAUGCAUGCUAAAGUGUUACAUUGGUUAUUUAGGGCAAGUUGAUCCUCAACUCAUAAAAGAGUCUGUUUGUAUCUA